AUGCCACAGCUUUCAACAAAGAGGAAGUUUUUUGAUGAAGAUGAAUAUACACCUGGUUCAAAAGUUAAAAAAUCAAAAAAACAGGUAAAACCACCUGUUAUAGACAAUCAAUCUGAUGACGAUAAUUCAAGUGGUUUUCAAGGCUUAAUACCGAAGAACGCCGUCCUUAAUAUAAGUAAACUACCGUACAAAGCGUCUUCAAACGGUGUCAUUGAUUAUUCAUCAAUAAAAUUGAAGACCCAUCAUGCCAGUCGACCGCUUUGGAUAAAUCCCGGUAAUGGCCAUAUAAUCUUGGAAGCAUUCUCGCCUUUUGCUGAAAAGGCCCAAGAUUUUCUAAUAACUAUAAGUGAACCUGUCAGUAGACCUUCUCUUAUACAUGAGUACAAAAUGACUCCUUAUUCACUUUAUGCUGCUGUUUCCGUGGGUUUAGAAACAGAAGCUAUAAUUGACACUGAAAUUCCUGAGUCUGUCACUGAAAUGAUACGUGAAUGUACGAUAUCAUAUGGCAAGGUAAAGCUUCUACUGAAGCAAAAUCGUUACUUCGUGGAAUCUUCUCAUCCCGAAGUUUUACAAAUGCUUUUGCGAGAUCCUGCCAUUGCAGAAGCUAGAAUAAAUAAUGAUGAAUCUGUCCAAGACUCUUUUAUAACAAAUAAAGCUCCAACUAGUAAAGAUUUAGUAAUUCCGGGCAAAAGUAUGCCUACUACUGAUGCUGAUAAUAAAACUAAAGAAAAUAACCCUCAAGAUGAUGAGUUAUUAUUUAAUACUGUUGUUGCGAUUGACAAAGGUAAAAUAUACAUAAAAAUUAUUUAUCAAAACGUAAAGAAAAGAUGUAAUGAACUUAAUUAUCCAAUGUUGGAAGAAUAUGAUUUUCGAAAUGAUGCAACUCUUGCUCCACUCGAAAUUGAUCUGAAACCUAUUACAGUCAUUCGUCCAUAUCAGGAAAAGUGUUUGAGCAAGAUGUUUGGAAACGGACGUGCGAGGUCUGGUAUCAUCGUCUUGCCAUGUGGUGCUGGUAAAACCCUUGUAGGCAUAACAGCCGCAUGCACUAUUAAAAAGAGCUGUCUCGUUCUUUGCACCUCGGCAGUUUCAGUAAUGCAAUGGAAACAGCAAUUCUUACAGUGGUCAAAUAUUAAAGAAAGUCAAAUUUCUGUUUUCACUUCAGAUCAAAAAGAAAAAUUUAUAGGACAAUCUGGUAUCGUGAUUUCCACAUACAGUAUGGUAGCUAAUACACGAACAAGGUCUUAUGAGGCAUCAAAAAUGAUGGAUUUUAUAACUGGCCGUGAAUGGGGCUUUAUAUUAUUAGAUGAAGUUCAUGUCGUACCUGCUAACAUGUUUCGUAGAGUUGUAACCACUAUUGCUGCUCACACAAAGCUUGGACUAACUGCAACCUUAGUACGUGAAGAUGAUAAGAUUCAGGACUUGAACUUUUUGAUUGGUCCCAAAUUAUAUGAAGCAAAUUGGAUGGAUUUGGCGUCUAAAGGACACAUAGCCAAUGUGCAAUGUGCUGAAGUUUGGUGUGACAUGACUCCUGAAUUUUACGCUGAAUACCUUAAAGCUUCUUCAAGAAAACGCAUGUUAUUAUAUGCAAUGAAUCCAAAUAAACUCCAAGCUUGUCAAUUCUUAAUUCAGUAUCACGAAGAAAGAGGUGACAAAGUUAUUGUAUUUUCGGAUAAUGUAUAUGCUUUAGAGGUUGGUGAUACUUCUAUUGAUUUGCCUGAAGCGACGUGUUUAAUUCAGAUUUCAUCACAUUACGGGUCUAGACGUCAAGAAGCACAACGCUUAGGACGUAUUCUAAGAGCAAAACGACGUAAUGAUGAAGGGUUUAAUGCUUUCUUCUAUUCAUUAGUAUCAAGGGAUACACAAGAGAUGUUUUAUUCUACUAAACGGCAACAAUUUCUGAUUGACCAAGGAUAUGCAUUUAAAGUAAUCACCAAACUUGAAGGCAUGGAAAAGGCAUCGGGAUUAGUAUAUAGAGAUCAUAAUGAACAAAUGAAACUUUUAGGGGAGGGAAUAGUUCGCCGUUCUGUCGGUACUAUGAAAAGUUUGUCUGGUGCUGAUCAUAUGGCAUAUUUUGAAGGUAAUAGCGGCCAUAGUAAACCCAGUGGUUCGGUACCAAAAAAGAAAGCUCCUGCCAAAGAACAUCAUCCAUUAUUUAAGAGACAAUGGAUGAGAAAGUAG